CUGGGAGGGGGUGGAGGAGCCGCGUGUGCGGGGCAGCCCGGGCCAGGAGCCGCAGCGACACGAGGGGUACCUGCUCAAGAAGAGAAAAUGGCCCCUGAAGGGCUGGCACAAGAGGUACUUUGUGCUGGAAAACGGCAUCCUGAAAUAUGCCACCACGCGCCAGGACGUCCUCAAGGGCAAACUGCAUGGUGCCAUCGAUGUCCGUCAGUCCGUCAUGUCUGUCAACAAGAAGGCGCAGCGGGUUGACCUGGACACGGAGGAGAACAUCUAUCACCUCAAG